AUGGAUAUUGAUGCCGACGAGAUGGCAGACGGGGCCUGCGCGAACCCCUUGCUGCUGGGCUGGCUCAAGCAGUGGUACGACGAAGCCUUGGACAAGAACAUGAAGGGAGCAUCCGCAGUGUAUAAAAAGGCCUAUAACUCCAUGAAGGCAUGUCCGUUAGAAUUCAGUCACCCGUCAGAGGCGCAGCAGCUGAGUGGAGUUGGACCUAAAAUGUGUGAGCGCUUGACUGCAAAGCUCAAGGAAUACUGUGAGAAGCAUGGGCUCCCCAUGCCAGAACGACAACAACCACGGCAACAGGUCAAGAAACGGCCAUCUGCAGACCAUUUGAGGCAGGAGGAAGGCCAGGCGCCGAAGCGACCCAAGAAAACAAAGCCAUAUGUGCCAACGCUGCGUUCGGGGCCUUAUGCACUCCUCUUGGGGCUUGCCACCGUGGACAAGAGUUCGUCGGUAGGCUUGACCAAAGACCAGCUUAUAGAAGUUGCACAACCACAUGCCGAUGCCUCCUUUACUGCACCCCCAGACCCCAGCAAGUUUCACACUGCUUGGGAUUCAAUGAAGACUCUCAUUAAAAAGGACCUUGUCUAUGAACGCGGUAGACCACUGAAGAGAUACCUACUUACAGACGAAGGGUGGGAAAUUGCGACGCAGAUACAGAAGACGGUUAGGUCAAAUUCACAGAUCCUUCCGGAUACCAGGACUACCAUGGAUAACUUCAUAAAUUCCGGGGAUAUACAAUCAUCUCGACUGCUGAAUUCUACAGAUGAACCAAUUUCAAUCGAUGUUCCGCCAUUGUCGCGAGAAAUUGUGCAUGGAUCUAGAUUUACUCUUCCCCCAGGCAGCUUUACCAUCGAGAUGGUGCUUGAUUACCGGGAAAUACGCUCCAGGCAAGAUCGAGAUUAUAUCUCAAACGAAUUAGCCAAGCGAGGUGUAUCGCCCAUAGUCCGGCCCCUGGAAGUUGGGGACAUUCAAUGGGUUGCAAAAUGCAAAGAUCCUAAUUUUCUUGCACAAUAUGGUGAAGCAGGCGACGAAGUUGCUCUAGACUGGAUUGUUGAAAGAAAGCGGCUAUCUGACUUACUCAGCAGUAUAAAGGAUGGUCGCUUCUACGAACAAAAAUUCCGGCUUCGCCGUUCCGGCAUCAAGAAUGUCAUCUACCUUGUGGAAAUUAUGACGCUUACGAGCGCAAAUCCAGUAAUUGCAAAUCGUGAUAUGUCUGCUAUUGCAUCUGCCAUAGCCUCGACACAGGUAGUCAACGGCUAUUUCGUCAAGCAAACGAAUAGUGUUGAUGAGUCGAUUCGAUAUCUCGCCAAAAUGACGCAGCUGCUUCGUGAGAUGUAUACUGGGUCAGACGCUAACACUCCAGUGAGGCGUAUAGAAGUUACGCCAACAUCCUGUAUAGAGUCACAAAACGAAUAUCUAUUACAUCUCGAACGACUACGUGCUGAGGAACAGAAAAGACUAGACACAUCGCCGACAUCAAACGUCUUGGAAACUACCUAUACCUUGACAUAUAACACAUUCUCAGCUCUAUCAUCUAAAUCUGAUAUGCUUACUUUACGUGAUAUCUUCUUAAAGAUGCUUAUGUGUACACGAGGGGUCACAGGAGAUAAAGCUCUCGAAAUCCAGAGGCGAUGGAGUACUCCCCGUGAAUUCGUCAAAGCCUUUGAACGGGUUGGGCCCCGAGGGCCGGAUGGGAAACCUUCCCAAGCCCAGGAUGAUCUAGUCGCCUCUGCCUUAGGCGGUCUGGUAGGGCGAAAGAAGAUUGGUAAGACAUUAAGCAAGAAGAUUGCAGAGAUUUGGGCUCCCUGA